UGUGUGUACCAUCUUUUCUCUUUUAUUGUCGGAUAGACGUUAGACUUUCGUACCACUUUGAAGUUUAAUCCUUACUAAAACGUGCAUCAACAUGCGUUUACUUUCUUCUGUCGUAAUUUAAAACAAAAGCAAGAAUAUGUCAUUCAUGUAAAAGAAUUAUACAUAUAUAUAUUUUAUUGUCGUUUUUUUUUAAACUUUGUUUGAAUAUCUUUUUACUCAGUGCGAAUCGAAGGUGCGCGUUAUGCGCAUAUUGUAUACGUAUCAACUUUUCACAAUCAGUGAUAACAGUUAAGAAAUACAAACAUUUUCCGCAACAUGUUCAAAACUGUAUCAAACUCUCUUAGAAAAGGUCCACAUGCUAGCCAGUUUCAUCGCAUGCCAAAAGCACCUUUGCCUGGAGAACCAUCAAAACCGUACACGCUCACAGACAUUCCUGGACCAAGAUCAGAAGCUCUCCUCGAUGAACUUUCUAAAAUUCAGCAAGUGGGCUCCAUUCAAUAUUUUGCAGACUAUCAGAGAUCUGUUGGAAAUUACCUAGCAGAUAUCGAUGGAAACGUUUUCUUGGACAUGUUUAUGCAAAUUUCUACUCUUCCUCUUGGGUAUAAUCACCGAUCAAUCUUGGGUGCUCUAUCGUGUGAAGGAAAUCAGCGCAUCAUGGCAAAUAGGCCGGCAUUAGGACUAUUUCCUGGAUUGGAAUGGCCACAGAAACUUCAGGAUACAUUACUUCAACCAUGCGUAGCCCCGAAGGGACUGCCAUGUGUUUUCACAACAACUUGUGGUGCUUGUUCAAACGAACACGCUAUACAAGCAGCAUUUAUAAAAUAUGCAGGGAAACUUCGUGAAGGAAGAGAUCUGACAAAGGAAGAAAAGAAAAGUGCUCCAUUUAAUAAACCACCCGGUUGUCCUGAAUUGUCCAUUCUUUCUUUUGAAGGAGGAUAUCAUGGUAGGACGUUUGCUGCGUUGGCACUAACACACUCUAAGUAUACCAUGAAAACAGAUAUACCUUCUCUUCCAUGGCCAAUAGCACCUUUCCCACAAUAUUUGUAUCCGUUAGAUGAACAUGAAAGGGAAAAUAAGAAAGAAGAUGAGAAAUGCUUAGAGCAGGUAGAAGAAUUGAUAGAGAAAUAUGAAAGUUCAGCGCCAGUAGCUGGUGUCAUAGUGGAAGCAAUACAAUGCGAGGGAGGAGACAGACACGCUUCAUCCGAUUUCUUCCAUUCCUUGCAGAACAUUGCCAAAAAGAGAGGUAUUCCUUUAAUAAUGGACGAAAUACAAACUGGAGGUGGUGCGACAGGACGAAUGUGGGCUCACGAUUAUUUUCAAUUGGAUGCAUCUCCUGACAUUGUCAGCUUUAGCAACAAAAUGCAAGCAAGCGGCUUUUAUCACUCCCUUGAAUACACGCCUGAGCAACCGUAUAAGAUUUUCAAUACUUGGAUGGGUGAUCCGAGCAAAAUAUUAAUACUAGAAGCAGUACUAAAAACUAUUGAAGCUGAAAAUUUAUUAACUCACGUUUGCCACGUCAGUAAUUAUUUACUUUGUCAGUUAAAUACAUUGCAACAAGAGUUUCCGCAAGUUCUAAACUCUGUAAGAGGUAGAGGUUUCAUAAUUGCAUUUGACCUGGCAUGUAAAGCUAUGAAAAAUAAAUUAUUACAGGAAAUACGUUGUAAAGGCAUUCAGGUCGGAGAUUGUGGUACCAAAUCAAUUCGAUUGAGACCAUGCUUAAUAUUUGGAGAAUAUCACGCCGACAUCUUCCUAGAAAGUCUACGUUGCUGUAUACAAGAACUCUCAAAAAGCUGAUGCAUUGUAUAGGUGAUGCUUCAAUUUGUUAUUGUCUCAUAAAUUUAUUAAAUACACAAACGAACAAAAAAUGUAUUUUUGUA